AUGGAGUUAUGUGCCGGAGGAGAGCUGUUCGAUCGGAUAACCGCCAAGGGCCAUUACACCGAGCGAGCGGCGGCUUCUUUGCUUAGAACAAUUGUUCAGAUUGUGCACACUUGCCAUUCUAUGGGGGUCAUCUGUAGGGAUCUCAAGCCUGAUAAUUUCUUGUUGUUGAACAAGGAAGAAGAUUCACCACACAAGGCCACAGAUUUUGGUCUUUCUGCGUUUUACAAACCAGUGAAGCUGAACUUCUGGGAAGGAAACACUCGAAUCCUCACCGGAAAACACAUAGCCGGCGAGGUCAUGUUUGAGUUCCCCGACAAGAUGCCAUCGACGACGACCUCAUGCCCGGGGAAACGGGAAACUUACUUCGUUCUUCCCCUCGAUCACUUCUCAAGCAAUGUGUUGUCCACGUCUUUUGUUGCAACCUUAAAUCCUAACCCUAAAUCGAAACCUGCUCCGAUCAAAUUCGGAGAGUGCCCUUUCGAGUACGUCCGAGGCACCGAUGGUAGGGUUUUGAUUAAGGUUUUGCCGGAGUUUAUAACGAGGUUGAUCCAUGGAAGCAAAGAAGAAGGGGUUGGGGGUAAUAGCUUCCUUUGCAGCACACCGGAGUUGAAGAAGCAUUAUGAGAUGCUUGUUUGGUCUAAAGAACAAGUUUGGUCGCCUAAACUUGAGACGAUUUCGGAGCAUAAGAUUAGGUUUUCUCCUCGCAGAUUCAUAGGGUUGGAGUGGAAAUAA